AUGGCUGUGAUGGUGGCUGCUGAGAGGCCGCAUGCUGCCAUUGGUUCCGCGGAGUUGGCUCGUAAGGAGCUCACUGCGUCUUUUAAUGGCUUAGGCCCAGCUGGCGAGGUGUCACGCGAUGUGCUGCAGGUGUUCACGUCGUCCUGGGAUCAGGAAGACAUUAACACCACAGUGAUGCAGCCCAUGAGAGGCGUGAUGUCGCGGAGGAAGCGCAACGUGUUGUUUCCCAGUGGAGUCAAACUUUGUGCGCAAGAAACGGCAGAGCAAGCGAUUGCAAAUCACCUGGAUUACUUCCACCUCAGAGUGUGCCAGGAGACCGUGUGGGAGGCCUUCAAGAUCUUCUGGGAUCGCCUGCCAGAGGGGGAUGAGUAUCAGCUGUGGAUGUCCAUGUGCCGGCAGGGCACAGCAACAGUCCUCGAUAUUGGCACUAAUUUCAGCAAGUCAGAGGAGCACCUGACCCUGGUGCAAAAUGUCACUCUGCAAGCUGCAGCAGACACCACAGCUGAUGACAAGAUGGAGGACGACAUGGUGAGGAAUGAGAUCCAGGUGGACAUCCCGAGGCCAGCCGGGCCACUGAGGGAGCAGGUGGUGGAGCUGAGCAUCCAGCUGAGGGGUGAGAGCUACAGCGAUACCCUGAAGGAUCCCUCCAGCUUCGAUUACCAGCGCCUGGCCAAGCAGUUCACUGAAAAGGUUGAAGAUGCAUUUGAAAGACUGCCGGGUUUUAAAAGUGCUACGGUUCUUGAAUUCAGGGGUAACAAUGUUGUGGUCCACUAUGCUGUGACUGUUGAGGUUGAUGGGGGAAUCAGCAAGGAGACCAUGGACUACAUCAAUCUGCAGUCCAACAUGGUGGGCAAUUCAUACCCCGAGCUGGAUGAGCGCCCCACUGUGGUCUACACCAUCACAGACUUCCGCAACUACAUCACAGAGGCCCUGCAUAAAGAGAACUUCCUUGGCAACACCACACUGGCUGUGGACCCAGACUCUUUGCAGCUGGAGAAUGUUGAGACUUUGCUGUCUCCAGAAGCCUCCAAACCCACAGGCACACCAGGAGAUGACAGCAUGGACAAUGUUCUUGCAGCAGAGAAACCAAACCUGCCUGAACAGGAGCUGGCUGACGAUGACAUCUUCAACAGCGGCUUCAGCAAGGAUGACUUCCUGUUUGACCCCUUCCGCCCCGAUGACCCCUGGGUGGGGUCACAGAGUGUGCUGGCUGGCGAGAAUGACGUCAUCAUCCUGGACGAAAGCCCAACUCUGCCUCCUCCUGAGCUUCCUGUGAGGACCUUUGACACGGAGCUCAAGGCCACCCCGAAAUCAGACUAUAUCACUCCUGUGCCCAGUGCUGAUGUUUUGGUUGUGGAUGGUCCCCUGUUCAAGGACUACUUUGAUUCCACACUACAAUCAGAGGACAAGAUAGAGGGGGAAGACCCUAAUUCACUUGCUGACUAUCGAGAAGCUGAACCGUCCAUUAUCACUGUCUUUCACGAUGAUAUCACAACCAAUGCUGCCAUCUCGGAGACACCAACAGCCCCAGUCAGCAUUACCUCUUUGCCUGUUGCACCUGAACACCUGGACAUGAGCUUGUAUCUGGAGCCCGAUGCUGGGCAGGCUGUCACAGCAGCUCCCCCAUACCUGGAUAUGGAGGCAAAGGAGUCCGCUAUAAAUGUAGAUUCACCAGUCAUUAACCCUUUUGAGGAUGGCCCUCUGUACCUGGAGCCCACUGAGGAAGAUGAGGGAGGGGUCCAGAUUUUGGAGGAAGAGGAAGUGGUAGAGCCCUUGGCAACAGAAGCCCCAGCUAUCAAGAUCUCAGAAGAGGAUCUAGCUGAGGAUGAGGUCAUUGUGGUCACCGUGAUGACGGGGAGGCCACUGGAGGCCGAGACCCUAGGCACCGCCGCCCCUACACUGCUCUCUCCCGAGAGGGAAUCACCUUUCACUCGAGUCUCUGACUUUGUGCCUGAAGAUGACAUCCCCCUGCAUCCCCCAUCCUCCUCAGAAGACACAACAGCCUUCGCCUUUCCUGGUGAUGCCUCUUAUGCUGCAACAGAACCCUUGUCACCCAAGGAAGUGCCUGGGGCAUCUCCACCAUCAGACGAUUUGCAUCUGACCCCUGUCCUUACUGCCACACCUCCAUUUUAUCAUCCGACUUUCAGACCCACGGAGGACCUGCAAGGUGCCGUCACAGACUCAGACCAGUCCUUCGACGUGUUCCACUAUGGUGGGCCAGGCCUCACAGGGGGGGCGGGCAGCAGUGGGUAUCCUUCGGGCAUUGCCCACGGGACUGACCUGGCCAGUAUUGCCAAGCCAAACAACGGAUCUUUGCCUGGGAGGGCGCUCAUGGUGUUCUUCAAGCUUAGAGUCACCAACAUGAUGUUCUCCGAGGACCUUUUCAACAAGAGCUCACCUGAGUACAAAGCUCUGGAGCAGAGAUUUCUGGAAUUGCUCGUACCUUACCUGCAGUCCAAUCUCAGCAACUUUGAGAACCUGGAGAUCCUGAACUUCAGGAACGGCAGCAUCGUAGUGAACAGCAGGAUGAAAUUUGGAAAGCCCGUUCCCCAUGGCGUCACCAGUGCGGUGUAUCUCAUCUUGGAAGACUUCUGCAACACGGCCUACCAGACCAUGAACCUUGCCAUUGACAAGUACUCUUUGGAUGUGGAGUCAGGGGAACAGGCGGACCCCUGCAAGUUCCAAGCCUGUAACGAGUUCUCGGAGUGCUCAGUGAACCGCUGGUCGGGUGAGGCAGAGUGCGUGUGUAACGCUGGCUACUUCAGCGUGGACGGCCUGCCCUGCCAGAGCAUCUGUGAGCUGCGGCAGGACUUCUGCAUGAAUGAUGGGAAGUGCGACAUCAUACCCGGCAAGGGGGCCAUCUGCAGGUGUCGGGUCGGGGAAAACUGGUGGUACCGUGGAGAGCACUGUGAGGAGUACGUGUCAGAGCCGCUGGUGGUGGGCAUCGCCAUCGCCUCAGUGGUCGGCUUCCUGCUCGUGGCCUCUGGUGUCAUCUUCUUUCUGGCCAGGACUCUGCGUGACCAGUAUGACAAGGACGAGACCGAGGAUCCCAUUCGCCGUGGGGACAGCAUGCCGUCCAUGGAGAGGGCCACCAAGUACAACCCCAUGUACGAGAGUGACAUCACCACAGGGUACAGCCACUACUACAGGCGCUACCCGGAGCUGCCCUGCCACAGCAGCACCAGCGCCGAGGCCUCCACCGACUUCAGCAGCGAGGAGAUCCGCCACAUCUACGAGAACAGCGAGCUCACCAAGGAGGAAAUUGAAGAUCGGUUACGGAUCAUCGAGCUGUACGCCAAGGACCGGCAGUUUGCAGACUUCAUGAGGCAGCACCAAGCGUGA